GUUACACAUCGCCUCUAGACGGAACCUUCUAAGCACAUUUGUUUAGAAUUAUUUUUCUAAGCGCCUCCUAUAGAUUAUAGCAAAGGGGGAGGCAAAACCCGUUUCACUAUUAUUAUAAUUAUCGCGGUCACACAGUACAUCAAACUACAUCAGGUGCAUGUAUAAACUCUUUUCAACUCCCUCAUCAUCAUUUACUCCCUUAGGACAAAAGUAACCAUUUACACCUGUGUUGUACUUAAAUUCUCAGAGGCAAAGCCAACAUGUAUCGCAUCGGUGCGAAUUCUGCGUUGCACGCGGACACGGGGCGGACGCCCACGAGCUGGGAUGAGGUGAUCGGCCGAAAGUACCGUGCGCCAAACCGGCACAGUGUGUCGUUCGGUGAGGCUUCGCCCGCAGAUCUGGAUGAUGAGGAGCCUCCCGAAGUCCUCGCGCAAAAGAAAAGGCAGGCGAAUUUCACAUUCCCAAACGGUAUCAGCGUCCCUUCCGCGGCGGCGCCAAAAGCUACACGGAGUUCUUCGGCCACUGGUGCGACGUCCAUACACGCUUCCAAUGGGUACGUGAGCGUCCUGAAGAAGCCGGAGAUCCCAAGUGGCGGCACCGCGUUGCCAGUCGUGGUGAAUGCGAAGCUGAACACAUCGGACCCGAACGAAAAAGCCAGAAACUUGCCACGUGAGGGGGAACGGGACCACUGGGGCAAGGGGUCGCACGGCGAGCGCCUGAUGAAGGAAUACCGCAAGGGCGUGAUGCCCAGCACCUUGUGGCACCCGGUCUACGUCACCGACACGCGGGACCCGCGCGACAUCGUGCGCUGGUGCCGCCCGCUCGCACGGCCAGGCGAGAAAACAGCGGACCAGGCGAGAGGUACUUCUUGUUACUUCAUCUGAAUUGCUCUGUCUGGUGCGAAAACAUACGAUUCUCAAUAAAUAUAGUUGCAAUAGAUUUUCAUGUCGGUUCAAUACAUUGAUUCCUAAAAGAAUCAAAAUGCGAAUUGAAUUUAUUAUUCAUUAUCAUUUGAAAUUUGAAAUUACGACAUCACACAGACACAACCCGACGUACGGCGGAGCAGGAGCUGAAUCGGAUGAGCACGACUGGGGCGCGGCUUUUCCGUGAGGAAUACGUCCGGCGAAAGAACAAUUCGGGGUACGAAAUGCGCGUGGUGUAUGACCAAGGGCUCACGCAAAAACUCGAGGACAUCAAACAGAGCUUUGCCGACAAACUCGAGUUUGAGAAGAAGAAAAAGGCAAAGGCGAUUAAGAAGGAGCGGCGGGACCAGAAAAAGCUUGUGAAGUCGCUGAAGGCCUUGGGGCUCAACGUCACGGACGUCACUGCCACAUAAAAGUAGUGUCGCUUUUUGUUACGAUAAGCAAGAAAGUGAAAGCGAUAUCAUUAAUUAUCAAUCAGUAUCACAAGAAUCACCACAUGACCCACUUUGUGUUUUUUCUUUCGUCUACCCCCACUUCAGUAAAGGUGUUUUGGUCAAGUGGUAGUUUAUCCGGUCGUGACGUUUGCCUCUACCUCCCACGAUUUUGCACAGACAUACGUUCUCCAAAGGCAUAUGAGCUCUUUUUUUCCCGAUGAUAUUCGGUUUUUCUUCGUGCCCUGAUAACCAUGCUCACGGAAUCAUCCACGCCAUAACUCUCUGCUUCAUUUUUGCUAAUUCGAGGCGGAGCUAGUGCCGCUGCUGGCGGUGAACGAGUACGCGUCCUUCGUAUGAUGAUGCAGCGCGAAGUGAAAAGACUUCUUCC